UUUUUUUUUUUUAUUUUUAAAUAAUGUCAACAUCUGCAGUUUCAUCAGCAUCACCUUCUAUUGAUUCCAACCAUUCACAAAAGCGUAUUUUCCUGAAUGAUUAUGUUGGCUUCGAUACAAUUACACAACAAAUUGAAAAAAAGUUAUUAAAGAAAGGAUUUCAGUUUAAUAUUAUGGUUGUUGGUCAGUCGGGUCUUGGCAAAUCAACACUUGUAAAUACUCUUUUUGCAUCUCAUUUGAUUGACAGUAAAGGAAGACUUGAAGCUUCUGAAUCUGCAAGACAAACGACUGAAAUUGAAACUGUUUCUCAUGUUAUUGAAGAAAAUGGAGUUCGUUUAAGACUUAAUAUAGUGGAUACACCUGGUUAUGGUGAUCAAGUAAAUAAUGAUAACUGUUGGGAACCUAUUAUUAGAUAUAUCAAAGAUCAACAUUCUGCUUAUCUUCGUAAGGAAUUAACUGCUAGACGUGAACGUUAUAUUGUUGAUACCCGUGUUCAUUGCUGUCUUUUCUUUAUUACCCCUUCUGGUCAUUCACUUAAACCAAUUGACAUUGUUGUUCUUCAAAAAUUAACUGAAGUAGUCAAUGUAGUACCUGUGAUUGCUAAAUCUGAUUCACUUACAUUUGAAGAAAGAAAUGCCUUUAAACAAAGAAUUAAAGCAGAACUUCAAUUUCAUAAUAUUCGAUUAUAUCCUUAUGAAAAUGAAGAAGAUGACGAAAUAGAAAAGAGCUUGAAUGAUAGUAUCUGGGAACUAAUUCCCUUUGCUAUUAUCGGGUCUGAACGAGAUAUAAUAACUACGGAUGAUAAGAAGGUGAUUAGAGGUAGAAAGACGCGUGGUGGUGCAAUCAUUAAUGUAGAAGAUCCUGAACAUUGUGAAUUUAUCCAACUUCGUAACUUUUUAACACGUACUCAUUUACAAGAUUUGAUUGAAACAACAGCUUUGAUUCAUUAUGAAAGCUUUCGAACAAAGCAAUUGAUGGCUAUUAAAGAAUCCUCCUCAGCCUAUCCGUAAUAGUAUAGUAUAGAAUAAAAUUUAACACUCCGCAUCAUACUUUUUAAAACAUGACUUUUUUUUUAAAAAAAAAAAAUGGUGUAUAAUAAUAACAGCGGAUAAGAACACCUACAUUUCUUUUACAAUAUGAGCUGAUGAUAAAGAAGAAGAAAGCAAGUGGUUAAAGAGAGAGAGAGAGAGAGAGAUGGGGACGUUCUUUAAAGUACCGCGCCUGAAUCCAAAAUCAUAGUAUUUAUUACAUACAC